UGCGUAUGCCACCGCAGUGACAGUUUAAAGCGAAUAUUGGCGCGCCUGACAUCAUCCUUCAUUGAACCGCAUAGCGUUGCCGGAAUCUCAGUGCUCAGUUACAAGCAUCCGAGGAAGCAUUAAAAGCACAUCAAGCCGAAAUUGACGAACAAACCGAACGGAUCGAUUCAAUGAUGAGCAAGCUGAUCGAGAAGGACCAGCAGAUCCAAAGCCUCGCCGGCGACCGCGACCGCUUGAAAGAGAUCCGAGCUGGCGUCUUGGCAAGUAUCGCAUCGCUUGAUGAGGAUCUACAGAAGGCCAAGGAGCAGUCUGUGCAAUAUGGUGAGGAGCUUGCCAAGCUGAAGGCCCAAAGGGAAGGCGAGCGGAAAAUACAGGAAGGAGAGAAGCGCUGGCUAGAGUCCAUCCGAACCGAUGCCGAGUUGGCGUUGCAGCGCAAGGUCCGGGAGCUGGCUACGAUGGAGAGUAAGCUGGCGUCUCUGGAAGAGGAGAUGACCGAACACAAAUGCCCAAGCAUUGUCGGUCUGGAGGACUUGCACUCCAAGCACUCCAGGGAGGCUAAGGGUCUGAUGGUCCAGAUCCGAUAUCUCAAAACCAAGUUCAUGCGUGAAUCUGACUUGCGAGCGGACAUGAUCCACCAGAAGGCGUAUCUAACAAAGCUCGUGGGGGGAUUGGAACGCAACGAAGCGGCGACUCUCAAGUUCAUCUCCGAUAUUGGGAUCAGCAGGAAUAUUCCACCUGCCGCUAAGUAUGGCGCGUCGAGGUUCAGGCAGGUAGCCCUGGCCGUGCGUGCUGUUUCUCGAAUGAAACUUAUGAGUCAGAGAUGGCAACAGACUCUGCGUGUCAGGGAUGCGGUACGCGAGGCGCACGCUGCCGCGCGCAAUCUCAAAUGACCCCGAUCCCCGCUCUCAACAUAGUGUUUAAGCAUCUGUGUACUUUUACGCAUCCACUGUCUUAUGUUAAAAUCUUUAA